UCUUCCGGAGAAACACAACGCUGGAAGCAGGCGGAAUACAUCAACGAAGUAGCUUCAAACUGUUACUACUAAAUAAGCUUUUUAUUUAAAAGUUGUGUAGUUUUACUGGGCCACACAGCUACGUUCUCCCUCCAUGCUGUUGUGCCGGGUGUCGGCUGUAGGCCAGACGUUACUGAGAUGGGGACGGAGGUCACAGCGGGGAGACGGCCUCCUCCACCGGGCGGUCUCCUUCAGCUCCAGCCGCUGUCAUGGUGCGAGCUCGGGAGAGGAGAGUGCUCAGCCGGCAGAGAACGGCUCUGCUCAGGCACUGUACCGGGAUACAGUGCUUCUUCCCCGCAGUGAUUUCCCCAUGAAGCUGACUGGACAGAAACUUCUGGACCGAGAACUGGAGAUACAGAAGAUGUGCAGAUUUGCAGAAUUGUAUUCCUGGCAGAGAGCGAGGAAGGCAAAGAAAGAGUUCUGUCUUCAUGAUGGACCCCCGUAUGCUAACGGAGAUCCUCACGUAGGCCAUGCACUGAACAAGAUCCUAAAAGAUAUACGUAACCGUUUUGAGAUCUUGAGGGGGCGGCAGGUCCACUACAUCCCAGGCUGGGACUGUCAUGGCCUACCCAUUGAGCUGAAGGCUCUUGGGGAGUUGGAGACCAGCAGCCUUGAACCACUUCAGAUCAGACAGAAAGCACGGGCAUUUGCAGAGGGGGCCAUAGCUCGUCAGAAGGCUGCCUUUCAGCGCUGGGGUGUUGUGGCAGACUGGGACCAGUGCUAUUACACAUUUGAUGGGGCCUAUGAAGCAGCUCAGCUCAAAGUAUUCCAGGAGAUGCACAGCAAGGGGCUCAUCUACCAGGACUACAAGCCUGUUUUCUGGUCUCCUUCAUCCAGAACGGCUCUAGCAGAGGCUGAGUUGGAGUACAAUCCUGAGCAUGUGAGCAGAGCUAUCUAUACCACAUUCCCCCUGAGCACACUGCCUCCUAAGAUAGCCUCAGACAUAGCUGGUCUGGAAAAUGUCUCAGUGUUGGUAUGGACUACCCAGCCUUGGACCAUUCCUGCAAAUCAAGCCGUCUGCUACAUGCCAAAUGCACAGUAUUCUCUUGUGAAGCGAGAAGACAACUCUCAGCUGCUCUUAGUGGCCACAGAGCGCACAGCCAGCUUGGCAGCACUGCUUGGUACAGAGCUGGAGAGUGUACACACCUUCACAGGCUCCCAGCUUGAAGGAGGGGUCUGCAAACAUCCUACGAUUCCAGACAAGGAUGUACCAUUGUUGCCAGCCAAUCAUGUGACCAUGGGAAAAGGAACGGGAUUGGUCCACACAGCUCCGGCUCACGGCAUGGACGAUUACAGUGUGGCUUCACAUUUUAAGCUGUCAGUGGAGUGUAUGGUGGAUGAGGAUGGAAAGUUCACUGAGCUUGCCGGCCCUGAGCUGCAGCAUCUUUCUGUAAUGACAGAAGGCACAGAGAAAGUAAUCUCCAUGCUGAAGGAGUGUGGAGCCUUGGUGAAGGAGGAGCAGUGCGUCCACAGUUACCCGUAUGACUGGAGGACUAAACAGCCUGUUGUCAUCAGACCCAGCAAACAGUGGUUUAUCAACACAGCCUCACUUAAAGACAAAGCCAAGGAGGCAUUGCAGAAGGUGCAUAUUUUACCUGAGUCAGCUCGGAGCAGCUUGUUGGCCAUGUUGGACAGACGGACUUACUGGUGCAUCUCCAGGCAGAGAAGCUGGGGCGUCCCGAUCCCCGUCUUCUACCAUAAAGAGACUGGAGAGGCUCUCAUUAACAAACACUCAGUGUCCCAUAUUGCAAAGCUUUUUAAAGAAAAGGGAAGUGACUGUUGGUGGGAGCUUCCUAUUGAGACUCUGCUGCCAGCAGAGGUGCUGAAGAAGAGUAAAGCAGGUGCAGCAUCUGACUUUGUUCGAGGAGAGGAUGUUCUCGACAUCUGGUUUGACAGCGGGGCAUCCUGGGCGGCUGUGCUAGAAGAGGAGAAGGAGGCAGACUCUGAAGAGCCUGAGUCUCAUCUCAGCUGGCUUCCUGCUCCACUUCGCAAACCUCUGGUCACAGAAUCAGACUCAAGGGCAGAUGCGUACGUUGAAGGGAAGGACCAGAUUGGAGGAUGGUUUCAGUCCUCACUGCUCACUAGUGUUGCUGUGAGGAAUAAAGCUCCCUACAAGUCUCUGGUGGUUCAUGGUUUCGCUGUCAGUGAGAAAGGAGAGAAAAUGUCCAAAUCUGUGGGGAAUGUGGUCGAUCCUGAUGAAGUCAUUAAUGGAGGGAAGGACUCCAGCAUGCCAGCGUACGGAGCAGACGUGCUGCGUUGGUGGGUGGCCGAAUCUAACGUCUUCUCUGAGGUUCAGAUUGGACCGACGUCUCUCAACUCAGCCAGAGACAGCAUCAACAAGUUGAGGAACACUCUGAGGUUCCUGCUCAGUAACACAUGGGGCUUUGAUCCUCGAGUUCAGGCUGUGGAUCCCAAAGAGAUGCACUACAUCGACCAGUACAUGUUACACCUGCUUAGAGAGUACAGCAUGAAGGUGACGGACGCCUACAGUGAGUUUGAUGCUGGCAGGGUCAUCCGUAUCCUCCAAGCCUUCAUGACCAGAGACCUCUCUAGUUUUUACUUCAGCAUCAUCAAAGACCGGUUGUACUGUGACCCAGAGGACUCUUUGGGCAGAAGAUCGUGUCAGACGGUUUUAGAGGAAAUUCUGGAUGGAGUCACCAGAUCUAUUGCUCCCAUCCUGCCUCAUCUAGCAGAAGAAGUCUAUCUACAUGCACCAGGACAUGAUGAAGGAGAGACAUUAUUUCAGAGUGGCUGGGUCAAAAGCAGCUCUGUGUGGAGGAGACCAGGAUUGGAGGAGGCAGUGGAGGGAGCAUGUGCAAUCAGGGAUUCCUUUCUGUCAUCUAUACCUGGGAAAAAUGCAUCUCUCUAUGACCUCACCAUCGCUAUUGAACCUGGGCUGCUGUUUGAGCUCAUGGAGUCCCUCCAAGAAGAACCGUCCUCCACCUCCUCUCAGCUUGCUGAGCUGAUGAUGGUGGCACGGGUCAACCUGACCAGUGAGCUUCCCCGUGACCUGCCCCAUGAUGCUGUGCUGAGCCACGGCACCUUCCUUAUCAAUCUGGAGGGUGGCGUUAUCCGUGAGGACAGUGCUUACAGUAUUGCAGUUGUUCCAACCUCUGGUUUGCGAUGUCCACGAUGCCGCCGCUACACUGCUGAGUCAGCAGACUGCCUGUGCCCGCGCUGUCAGAGCAUCAUCUCAAAGGCUCACUGACAAAUCACCAACAUACUGUCAUCAUGAUGACCAGCAAACACCACCUAGACCUGCACACCGACCAGGUUUAUGAUCGUCGUCUCCAGGAGCUGAAAAACGGACUCCAGAUCAGCUGCUGCCUCACUCCAGUUUUCUCAGUAUUUGGAAUUUUGCCUGAGCUUAAAUGACAUUGAGCAUUCACUGGGUAAGAACGGCCCUGAUAACAUCCAAACAGGCUGUUCUUCAAUGUGCUUCAGACUUCACUGUUGUUAUGCACUUAAACACUUUGCUAAAACAGCAGAAAUAAGAAUCCAAACAGCAAGUGUGUGCUGUGGCCUGAAUGUGCAGGUUUUACUUCAAAAUCUACAAUCAGCAUGAGCAGAUUGUUUACUGUAUAUAUUGUCGGUAAGAUUUUGAUUAGAGGGGGAUAUUGAACUGAAGGCUUAUUGUUGUUUUAUGUGUGGAUGGAAAAGAAAUGUACUAUGAAGAGUGUCACUGUGUGACAGCAGUAGAGAAGUGAUUUUGGUUGUGGGAAUGUUUCUUUUUUGUAAAAUAAACCCCGGUCCUUUUUAAUUUUACCAUCAGACUGAUGCUUGUAUGAAAAUGGUGUAUCUAAAUAUAAAUAAAAAAAGUUUUAUUGCUGAAUUUA